AUGGCAAAUCUGAGGGAUUUAAAAUAUAAACGAGCCAGAAUAAAGGGUCAACUUACGCGGAUACAAAAUUUUUUCGAGUCGGAAGGGCAGAGGACAGCAACGGAAGCUCGAGUUCGACAAGCAAAGCUCGAAGAAUGUUGGAAAAAUUUCGAAGAGGUACAAUCAGAAAUUGAUUCGAGACCAACAGAGAACGACGAAGAAUAUGAAAGACAAAUACAAGAAGGCAAUGCGGAAAGGCAAGUAUUUGAAAUGAUUUAUUACAAAGUUGCAGAAAAAAUUGAUAGGAUUCUGAAUGGUAGUCAAGAGCAAAAUCGUCAAAUUGAGGGUAGAGAAAACAACGGCAAUCAAAGAAACUAUGAAGCACCGAAAAAUAAACCAAAAUUGCCGGAAAUAAAGUUACCAGAAUUUAACGGAGACUAUACAAAAUGGUUAUUCUUCAAGAAUAGUUUCGAGACUACAAUUCACGAAGAAGAAGAACUAACUCCAAUACAAAAGCACCAAUAUUUGGUAGGAGUUCUUCGAGGAGAAGCAUUAAAGGUCAUUCAAGGAUAUCAAAUCUCGAAUGAGAAUUAUGCAGAGGCAUGGAAACUUUUAAAAGACACUUACGAUAAUACAAUGAUUAUAAUUGAAACGCAUCUAGAUGAAUUGUUACAAUUUCCCAUGAUUACCAAAGAGGACAAAGCCAAGAGCCUAAGUGUCCUAUCUGUAAGCGAAGCCAUUCAAACUUAUAAAUGUGAAGAAUUACUGAAACUAUCAACUGAAGAAAGAAGAAAGGAAGUCAUCAGUAAGCAGCUAUGCCUAAACUGCCUUGGAUCAGGACAUCACGCAAAGGUCUGUAAAUCAUCAUCCUGUAAAAAAUGCUUAAAACGACACAACACACUAUUGCAUCCAGACACAGAGCCACAAGCAGACACAGGAAAGCAAGAAAACUCGGGAUCCACAUCGACGACGAUAGUCAACUAUUGUAAGAAGCAGGAAAAAAUCAACAGCCUCUGUAAUGGAAAAAAAACAGAGUUAUCAGUCAUUUUGUCUACGGCAAGAGUAAAGGCAUAUGACGUCAAAGGAAAUUCUCAAAGUUGCAGAGUACUUCUAGAUCCGGGUUCUCAAACAAAUAUAAUAACGGAGAGUUUUUUAAAAAGGCUAGGAUUACCUAAUAGAAAGGAGAAUCAAGCCAUAAGUGGCAUAAAUCAGACUCGAAGCAACGCAAAUAACGUCACGGAAAUAAGAAUUGAAUCAAUAUACAAGGGAUUCUCAACAAACAUUGAAUGUUUAGUAUUACCAUCGAUCACGGAACGAUUACCUCAAAGUAAAAUCAAUAUCACUCAACUUAAUAUGCCAAAAGAUAUAGAUAUGGCCGACCCAAGAUUCGACGAGCCUGGCCCGAUUGAUAUGCUUAUCGGUGCCGGAUUAUAUUGGAAAAUUCUAGUCGGAACACCCAGAAACAAAAUUGAAGGACAACCGUCACUGCAAAAUACAAGAUUAGGAUGGAUAAUUGGAGGUGAAAUACCCGGAGUGCAGCCGAAGACAAGCCAAGUAGUCCUAACGAACGAAGUACUAAGCCAGCAACUCGAAAGAUUUGGAGACAGGAAGAUAUUACCAUCGAUCACGGAACGAUUACCUCAAAGUAAAAGCAAUAUCACUCAACUUAAUAUGCCAAAAGAUAUAGAUAUGGCCGACCCAAGAUUCGACGAGCCUGGCCCGAUUGAUAUGCUUAUCGGUGCCGGAUUAUAUUGGAAAAUUCUAGUCGGAACACCCAGAAACAAAAUUGAAGGACAACCGUCACUGCAAAAUACAAGAUUAGGAUGGAUAAUUGGAGGUGAAAUACCCGGAGUGCAGCCGAAGACAAGCCAAGUAGCCCUAACGAACGAAGUACUAAGCCAGCAACUCGAAAGAUUUUGGAGACAGGAAGAGCUUCCAGAAACCCCAGACUCGGAGAUUCAAAAGAACAAGCUUUACGAAGACUACAUUUACUGGAACGCAGAUUCGAGAAAAAUCCUAAGUUAA